AUGGACUAUGCACGAGAUAUUAUCGGUCUACCCGUGCCGCGGGUGCUGAGUUGGAGUUGUGACCCGUCGAACCCUGUUGGAAGUGAAUACAUCAUCAUGGAAAAGGCAAAAGGGACUCCUCUCGGCGAUGUCUGGUAUCAGCUCCCCAGUCCAUCUAAGCACAAAUAUAUAAGGCAGGUGGUGGAAUUGGAAGCGAAGAUAGUGUCAGUGCCAUUCCCAGGACACGGAUGCAUAUACUACGCACAAGAUCUGCCCACAGCAUAUUCCAAAAGUCAGCUCUCGCUUGGUGGGGACGAUUCCAAGAAAUUCUGCAUCGGUCCAGUGGUAGACCCAGUUUUCUGGUCUGAUGGCCGCGCCGAGAUGGGGCUGUGUUGGGGUCCUUGGCGUCAGCUUUCCGAUUUUGCAACAAGUAUAGGUAUUAGUGAGAGAGUAUGGGCACUGCAGAAGGCACGACCACGCAUGAACUAUUACCGCAGCAACACUGAUCGCGAGAUGCCUAGCGAAUACAUGGACCUCAUCGAGAAGUAUCUGCUGGUCGUUCCACACUUAACACAAUGUGAAUCCGAGUCUGCGGACCUUUUGCAACCGACAUUGUGGCACAGUGAUCUCCAUCUCAACAACGUCUACGUCGACCUCAAUGCAGAAACUAUCACCGACGUCAUUGAUUGGCAGAAUACAGCAGUUGCUCCCCUGGUCUUGCAAGCCAAGGUGCCUCGGAUGGUCCAACACGUCAGCCCGCUUCCGCUCGGUUGGGUUAUGCCAGAAAACCCCGAGGGUUACGAUAACUUACCCGAGAAGGACAGACUGAGGGCAGACAAGCUCUAUGAGAGCGCCCUGUGCCAUAAAUAUUAUGAAGUGGUUACCGCUAAGAGGAAUCCCCGACACUAUGCUGCCAUAAGUCAUAAUGAUACCUGGAAGUCACCUGUCGUCCAAACGAUUAAAGCAAUAACGGGGGCUUGGUCAUCGAGAGAAGUUUUCAGGCUUCGCUCAUCGUUGAUGGCUGUGGCAGACCAUUGGCUGGAACUGCAAUCUGCUGUUGAUUGUCCUAUUUCAUUCACCGAAGAGGAAAAGGAAUCGCACGACGAGGAGAUGGAGAACCGUGAUUACAUUGAGCAACUAAUGGCAGAGUUCCAGGACGCGGGUAUCCUGCCAGUCGACGGAGUCGUCGAUCCCGAAGAUUAUGACAUUUUGCAGAAGACCAACUACAUGCAAAAGGAAAAGUUCAUGUCGUUAGCAGAGAGUGAGGAACAAAGAGAGUGGAUGGAUAAGAUCUGGCCUUACCAGGACCGUCCCGAAGAAGCGUGA